AUGGAUGUUAUAGCUGAUUUACAAACAAAAUUAAUUAAAGAAGCAAUAGGUGAAGAUGCAACAGAAGAAGAAAUUCAAUGUGGUUUAAGAAUAUUUCGUAGUGCUCAUCAAUUAUAUGCAAAUGAUGAUGAAUUUCAUAAUUUAUCUCUUUAUGUUCGACAUAAUCGUGCAAAACAAGGAAAUCUUCAUAUUGGAGAUUCGGCAAUGGAUGUUAAAUUAUUAAAUAUCAAUGGAGAAUUUGUAUCAUUAUUAUCUUAUUUUCAGUCAAAUCGACCAUUAUUAAUCAUUGCUGGUUCAUAUACUUGA